CCGCUCACAGUCCGUUGGCGGAUUCUCUCGCGAUCGCUCGCAUCGUUUGUUGGUGGUGCUGUGGCUCGUCUAGCGGCGGCGUGCGUGAUCAACCAAGUGUAUCCACGUGUGAUUCUCGGCAACAAUCGUGGUGACAAUUGGUUCCAGCUUAGCCAGCGGAGCAUUGGGUUAAUGAAAACGAUCCCGGUCUGUUUGACCUUUUCGUGAACUGGCAUACGAUUAGAAGAAAAGGAGAGAAUAGGGUUAGUGUUGGAGUUGUUGUUGGUGCCAGCAGUUUGGAACAGGUUCUCGAAAGAAGGAAAGUGAGAAAGAAAGAAAGAAAGAUGGAAACAGAAGGCGAUAAGAACGCGGAUGCCGUUGAGAUCAACAUAGAGGGCGAGAUGGAGUCUGUCGACGUGCCGGAUGCUGGCCGAAGUCGUCCAGCAGCUCAGGCGCGUCCACAACGCCGUCGGUUAAGCCCUGGGGCGGCCAACAACACGCCGGGAGCACCAGCGGCAGCAGCAUUAACCAAUGGACGCCGCAGUCGCUCGAAUAGUCGCUCCCCGGGUCGACGAAAACGCGAUACAGAGAUGGCACUGGCCGAUGCAGUUCCGCUCUUACCUGCCGGAAACCACAACGCCGGGGAGGCAGAUUUGCCCCGGCCGAGACCACCAAUGGCUGGACCGGAGAUCGACGAUGAAGAUGAAGAGGACGGCGUCGAUAGAACGACGACAGGAUUCGAUCCAAACAAUCCGGAUCGUGGAAUUGACAACGGGUUUCUGGAGCCAGCGGAAGAGCGAUCGAACGAUGAAAGAGGUACAACGGAUCGAGCCGGUAGACGUGGUGGCAGACGCAAUCAAGGACCAGCCUUUCCAUAUGCGCCAGGAUUUGCCCCCGAUGGAACGUUAAAUGUCCAAACCACCGACAGUGGCCAAAUCAUUCCAGAUGUGAACGUGUACCAGCAGAAGAAGAAUUUGGCGCAGGGUAUGAUGGAUUUGGCGCUCCUCUCGGCCAACGCCAACCAGCUGCGCUACGUGCUGGAUUCAGGAAGGACGAGCCACCCUUACUACUACAUCAACCUGAUUUUAAUCUCGAGUAGCAUCAUCGCUCAAGUGGCGGUCGGUAUUGGGCUGAUCUAUAAGAGCCGGUACAACAUCAAGAAGGAGGAAGAUUUCUGCAAAGCCGAUCGCAUCAACAACCUCGUCACGAUCGGUAUCUUUAUCAUCACGAUCGUGAACGUCUUGAUAUCGGCGUUCGGUAUGGCCGAUACAAAUCCCGCCAAUUCCAAUUAGUGAAAGGAAGAUUAUCUUUAGUUUAAAACACCAAGCCACCAGCAACUGGCGUGCGAUACAAUCUCAAUAAAUAUGUAUUUCAUCUCGCUCACAUUUUAGAGAGCGACCAAACGUA